AUGGUACAAAGAGGAACGCGCAUAGGGCCGCUGCCUGGGGGUCGCCGGGGCGCGUCUGGAGCUGGCGCUGGACGCGGCAGCAUGCGGGCCGCCAGCCGAGCGCGAGGAGCUGUACGAUCACCUAGCAGCCCUCCGCAUCCAUCAUCCCCACCAGAAGGCUUGGUGUCGGCUGGGUCUUCUCGGACUCAGCAAGCGGCACCCGCCGCUGGUGGAGCACGUCGCAUGCGUUGGUCACAAACAAUGAACGCAAACGCACUGCGGGCGUACUUUAGGGCAAAAGGGGAAGAGACCGGAUGUUUGGCAUAUCGGGCUCGGAUGCAUCGCUUUUUUGCAGAGCUGGAGCCAUCUCUAUCCGUCAAUGAGCAAAACCUGGCAGACCGAGUUCGGUACAUCCUGCGCUCCAACAUAUUUGGUGACGCCGAACUCGAACGACUACGACGUGAGGCUGUUCCCUCAUCGGAUGGAAAUGCUACGGCUGGGAAUGCGGCGCCACUAAUUGCGCAGCAAACUGCAAAUGUGGACGCUGCCGUCAAUAUUCCAUUUGUGGUUGAUUCAGACGAUGAUGGAAUAGUCUCCUACGAACUAGAGAAAAUGAGGAGCAUAUUGGAAGAGUCGAUGCUGGAAACGCGCAGCAUGCCUCUCGAAAAUCGACCGCGACUUCCCCGCAUAACCCUUAGCAAGCGAAAUCGGGCUGUCGUGCGGGCUCUUAACCCAAUGCUGGUGACCUAUUUGGAAGCCAGCCGGGACCUUUGCGAGACGGACUCAAUUCUUUUUGGCGCCGCACUGGCAGUAUGCCGUAUUAUUGGCGCCAAACUUCCCAUGGCUGGACGUGCUACUCAACAAGGUAGUGCCAUCCCAGCCUGGAGAAAAAGAGUCGAGGACCGUAUCGCAAAGGCAAGGGCCCUUAUCGGCAGACUGACAAGCUUCAGGUCGGGUAAUAUUAGACCGAGAGUUGUGCGCACCGUUAGAAUGGCGUUUGCUGGGACAAAUAUUAGUUUGUCCCAGCCGGAUAUCACGCAGAAACUAACGGAGCGCAUAGAUGACCUGAAGCAAAAAAUCGCUGCUUGGGGGAAGCGGAAUCGACGAUUUAGCGAGAGGUCAAGGCGGUUCAACCAAAAUCGUCUCUUCCAGAGUGAUCAGAAGAGGCUCUAUAAAUCAUUGGAGCGACCAGAGGUAUGUGGAGCGGGCCCAGGACCGGAUCAGGCUGACACUGUCGCAUUUUGGCGUGGCCUGUGGUCAGAGCCCGUAAACCACAGCGAGGGCCCUUGGAUGGAAGUUGUGGCGAGCCAGAGUGCAAGUGUUACGCCUAUGGACCCCGUCACCAUAACGCCUGAAGACGUGGCUGAGGCGGUAUCAAUACGUCUCACCAAGCAGCAGACAUCUACUAAUGCCAUCGAUGACGGUACUUCCAAACUGCCUGUUCGUAACAAUUAUGUUACGAGCCAGACCGCGCCAGACCAGACCGGCAGGCCGUGGGAACCGAUGCAUCCGAUGAGGCCUGCGGUGGCCUGUUGUCGCCCGUCCGAUCCAUCGGGAGUCGGUAAAAUCAAAGGCGCGGCGCCUCGCGGCGCGACGGUGCCUGUCGCGACCUGUACGGGCGCGUCUGCGUCGGUUGUAAUCGUUCAUUUCACCUGCGGAGGCGCCUGCGCGUACACGCACAUGAUGAAAAUGAACCAGCGCUUUGCGGCUACAUACGCAACCGUGCGCUCUGUAUCGCCUAACAUGUUGGAAUGUCAGUCAACAGGCCGCACUAGGCCGGCACACGCCGUGGGAACGCUCAGUAGGGGCCACGACAGGCAUAUACAGGCGGUGGAACGCCUGGCGCGUCCUGUCGCCUGGCGGGCCGUGGGACCCCACCUUUAG